CGUCGAUUUAACGCGGAGCCAUAAUUCAGGUUUACUGCUUUAAGAUCAAGAUGGCGGCCCACAGCACUCUGCUCUCUGUGUCCAAAUUUAUAAAUCCCGUGUGGGGUGGACGCCUCGGCAACACGGUUAAAGUACUUGGUACAUCUUUGCCGAGUCACAGGAGUAGCAGCCGUCUUGCUCCCCCUCCUGCAAAGUAUGGAGGCAGACACACUGUGACCCUCAUACCUGGAGAUGGAAUUGGUCCUGAGCUUCUUAGUCACGUCAAAGAGGUUUUCAGGUUCAGCUGUGUGCCAGUGGACUUUGAAGUGGUCCAAGUAAACUCUGCUUUGGAGUCAGAGGACGAUAUCAAUAAUGCCAUCACUGCCAUCCGCCGUAAUGGAGUUGCCCUCAAAGGAAACAUCGAAACUAAACAUACUUUGCCACCAUCUGUCAAAUCCAGAAAUAAUGUUCUGCGUACAAGUUUAGACCUGUACGCCAAUGUGAUGCACUGCCAGUCCCUGCCUGGAGUCCAGACCCGCCACAAGAACAUAGACAUCAUGAUCAUCAGGGAGAACACAGAGGGAGAGUACAGCAAUCUGGAGCAUGAGAAUGUACCAGGGGUAGUAGAGAGUCUGAAGAUCAUCACCAGGAACAAUUCUCUCAGGAUUGCUGACUAUGCAUUCCAACUGGCCAGAGAGAAAGGUCGCCGCAGGGUCACUGCAGUGCAUAAGGCAAACAUCAUGAAGCUUGGGGAUGGCUUGUUUCUGCAGUGUUGCCGAGAAGUGGCCUCUGGAUACCCAGACAUCACGUUUGACAGCAUGAUUGUGGACAAUACCACUAUGCAGCUUGUGUCCAAACCACAGCAGUUUGAUGUGAUGGUGAUGCCUAAUCUAUAUGGAAAUGUUGUGAGCAACGUGUGCGCUGGCCUGGUGGGAGGGCCUGGACUUGUGCCAGGGGCUAAUUAUGGUCGGGACUAUGCUGUUUUUGAAACGGCAACAAGGAACACAGGAAAAAGUAUAGCAGGCAAAAACAUUGCCAACCCUACUGCCAUGCUGCUGGCUGGCUGCAUGAUGCUGGACCACCUAAAGCUCUAUGAUUAUGCCACCUUGAUGAGGAAUGCCGUCCUCACCACUAUGAAUGAAACCAGGUUGCACACGGCUGAUCUUGGGGGUCAGGGCACCACAUUAGAAGUGGUCCAGUCCAUCAUGAGGAUGAUCCAAAGUAAAGGACAGCUCACAGCUUAACUCUGAACCAUCUUUGUGGACGACAUGCACUUUCACACUUACAUGCUCAUCAGAGGUACGACUUUCCCGGGCCAGGUGUUCAAGAUGACAGAGAGCAGCUUUCAUGUCGCUUUCCGUAGAUUAGCGAUCAGUUGACAGUCGAGCAUUCUUUCUUUUCCACAUAUGUGUACCAAUACGAGGAGAUAUAAUAGACACGUUAAGGUUUUACCGUUGAUAAAUUCCACUAUAACUUCCUCUAGAUAAUAAGUUUAAAUCUAAGUAUAUAUUGUAUUUAUUUUAUGUUAUGACAAAAAAAGCCUCUUAAACAGCCCUUCACCAACCAAAUGUCAGGAGUUGUAAAAUUUAAAAUGUUCAAAUAUUGGCGUUUUUUUUUUUUGGAACACAGAAUGGAAAAUAUUGUGGAUUAUUUAUUUCUCAACUAUGUUACAACCUUUUAAUCUGUCAAAAUGUUCAAUGCUCAUGUAAAGUCUUAACCUUUUUGUCACAUACAGCCAUUUCCAUUUAUGUGUCGUCAGACGGCAGUUGCUUCAAAUAAUAGCUGAUAAAGCUGCACUCUUACUCUUGCGUCAUAAUGAUCUUACCAAACUAGAUUACAACUCAUGGUAACACUGUUGUAUGAAAAUGAUAACACAAGCUGUUUGUGAGUGUGCAUAUUUACUGUUUAACAUUACCAAUAAA